AUGAAAGGCCUGUCAGAUGAGAUUACUUAUACUAGUUUGAUAAAUGCUUAUUGUGCUGAAGGUGAAGUGUAUAAGGCUAUUACAUUGAAGGAUGAAAUGACACACAAUGGUUCUUUGCGAGAUGAUGUUCCCUAUAGUGUGUUUAUUAAUGGACUUGAUAAGAAAGCUAGGACAAGGGAAGCUAAAGAGAUCCUUCUGCGGAUGUUUUAUGAUUUGGGAAUGCAUCUGCCAACUUUCACAUAUGAUACUCUGAUAGAAAACUGCAGUAAUAAUGAAUUUAAGAGUGUGGUAGAGCUUGUCAAAGGUCUUUGGAUGAGGGGUUUAGAGAAUGAAGCAGCCAGUGUUUUGAACACAGUGCUUCAAUGGAAUCAUAAGCCGGAUGGAGCAGUUUAUAAUUUAUUAAUUGUUGAACAUUGUAGGUGUGGUAAUGUUGACAAGGCGUAUACUAUGUACAUGGAGAUGGUACAUUAUGGUUUUGCUUCUCAUAUGUUCUCUGUACUUGCUCUUAUUAAUGCUCUAUUAUAUGUUAGAAGGUACAAUGAGAUAAGAAAGGUGAUUCAAAACGUAUUGAGGAGCUGUGAUCUCAAUGAUUCUGAACUACAUAAAGCACUUGAUGAAAUUGACAUCAGUCAAGGUUUUAAAGAUGCUCUUUUGGAUGUGCUAGCUGAAAUAGCCAUGGAUGGACUGCUACUUAAUGGUGGAAAGUGUUCAUAUGCUCCAGCAAGUGCCUAA